CGAACCUCUUCUCGUAAUAUAUCGUUUUUGAAAAAGACACUUGUAUAAAAUGAGUUCGAAAUACAGAAGCGAUUAUCUCUGCCGUGUUCGAUAUCGAAACACGCUACCACCAUUACCAUUCGCGCCAAAAUUAUUAACAAUGCCAUCGCUUCAAGAGCGCCAUGCAGAAUAUCAAUCUCUUGAUUUUGAAGACAAGAUUCCAUUUCCUCUACAGAUCGAUCAGUCAUACAGUAUACCCUUUGAUCGAUCACUUGUAGAAUAUCUGGAUGCCAUGGAAACCAAUCCUGAAGAAAUUACGCGCGCAGGUGAAGAGAUUGCAGAAGAAGAUCGAAUUUUAUUGACACCACCUACUGAUGAACAACAAUCGAACCGAAUCAAAAUGGAACGACGACCCAACGUAUCAUGGCUCCGACGCGUGGAUACGCUUGGACUCCCUAAACCGACACAGCCGCGUAAAAAAGAUGCAGUGGCAGCAGCAGCGGCAGCAGCAGCAGCUUCACACAACACUAAAAGACCGCUUCACUAUACUUGGGAAGAGUGUCAAACCAAAUUGUUGGCUGGAUUCCAACCACCGGAUGUGGAAGCGUUGCGCCAUCCUCGUACAAAAUGCAAAGCCAAACGCGUCGUGCCGGUCUUGCCCAACUACAAGUGUGACAAUGCUAUUUAUACGAUUGUCAACUUUGGUGCUGAUCCGGCGGAUGAAAAGCGGUUGGCAAAGCGCCGGUUGCAGAGCAAGGAUGACGCGGAUAGCGAAAGAGAAGGCAUUAAGCGCUUACGAUCCUCGGCCAAGGAUGCAACAGAUCGUGGUAUUUUGCGGCCUAUUACUAACCCGCACGAUCCAGAUGACAGUUAUUUGAUUUGGUUUUUGCCUGACAAGGAAGGCACGGCAAGACUGGUUCAAGAAAAGGCAAAUGUACAGGAAAUGGUCAGCGAUGCAGAAAGCACAGUUGGAGAAGAGCCGAUCACAUUCGAGUCAGUUCGCGAAUAUCUAUACAACCACGACAACGAACAGCAAUAUAUGCUUUUGCGAUUUGUUGAUGAUGGUGAAUCAAGUAGAGGCGAAUUCAACGUUGUCAAGAGUCGUAUGACAGCAUCAAAGAAGCGCGCUGUGAGCAAACAAUAUCAGUACCGGUAUCUUGAGGAGUACGAGAAGCCAAACAUCCUCAAUGUCACGUACGAACAGCAAGAAGAGGAACAAGAUCAGUAAUCAUAAUCGUAGUAAAAAAAAAAACAACAUGCCACCUUUUGUAACCCCACACACACUCACCUACCCACAAACCCCACCACGCCUUUUUAUGUUGUCUCCAGAAUAAUAAACGAUUUCCCACACAAUCAUACAAAAUGCUGGGUAAAAUUCUUUCCCGACAAUUCAUCUCUCGUAAGCCGAAU